AUGUGGACGGACGUGAGGAUAUUGUUACUUUUUUACGCGGUCGUGCCGAGGUUUCUCACCUCAGAAGGUCAGUUGACAGAGGAGUGUGAGGAUGGACAGUUUCAGUGUACCAACAAAAGGUGUAUACCCACCCUGUGGAGGUGUGAUGAUGACGACGAUUGCUCAGACAACAGUGAUGAAGAAAAUUGCCCAAGGAAAACAUGCGCCCCUGCGGAGUUUGCUUGUCUGAAUGGCCAGUGUGUCCCAGGUCGAUGGCGCUGUGAUGGGGAACCUGAAUGUCCCGAUGGUUCUGACGAGGCCGAGGAGACUUGCAGCAAGCAGACUUGCCCACCUGAGAAAUUUGACUGUGGGGGAUCCAAUAAGUGUGUCUCAUUGUCAUGGAGAUGUGACGGCGAGAGGGAUUGCGAAAAUGGGGCGGAUGAGGAGGACUGCGCAUCUGACGCUAAAGCCUGCCCCACUGGCGAGUUCAUGUGCGCCAACCGUAAAUGCUUGGCUUCGGUCCACGUUUGCGAUGGCGACGAUGACUGCGGAGACGGCAGCGAUGAGCUCAAGUGCACUUCGCCUCUAACCUGCGGGCCCAACCAUCUCCGCUGUAACAAUUCCCAGUGUGUGCCACUCAUGUGGAGCUGCGAUGGCGAUCCCGACUGUGCAGACGGUUCGGACGAGGGACCCGAGCGCUGCGGCGGUGACGGCGUCCUCCUGGCAACCAGCAGGGCCAACUGCACUGCUGAGGAGUUCCGCUGUGCCAACGGGGAGUGUGUGCGGCUAGGCUGGAAAUGUGACGGCGAUCCAGACUGCAAAGACAAGUCAGAUGAAUCAGAUUGCCCCCUGCUGACAUGCCGUCCUGAUGAGUUCCAAUGCGGUGAUGGUUCUUGCAUUCAUGGCACCAAGCAGUGCAACAAGGUCAACGACUGCCCCGAUCACAGCGAUGAAUCCGGUUGCGUCAAUGCCACAAAAUGUGAGGGCCCCCUGAAGUUCCUAUGCAAGAAUGGCGAGUGUAUUGAUAGUUCAAAAGUUUGCGACUCUGUCAAGGACUGCAAGGACAGAUCAGACGAGCCAAAGAAAGAGUGCGGUCUUAAUGAGUGUAUGAUGAACAAUGGUGGCUGCUCUCACGUCUGUAUGGACCGACCCAUUGGUUUUGAGUGCCAGUGCCCUGUCGGCUACCAGCUUCUGGACAAGAAGACUUGUGGAGACAUUGAUGAAUGUGAGAACCCAGAUGCCUGCAGCCAAAUCUGCAUCAACUACAAGGGAGAUUUUAAAUGCGAAUGCUAUGAAGGGUACGAGAUGGAUCCUGUCACAAAGACCUGCAAGGCAGAGGGAAAAAGCCCUUACCUACUGUUCACUAACCGACAUGAGAUUCGACGUAUCGACUUGGUGAAGAGGGACUAUAGCCAAGUGGUUUCAACCCAGAAGAACACUGUGGCUCUUGACCUUGACGUGGCUAAUAACCGAGUCUUCUGGUGUGACCGCUUUCAUCGGAAAAUCUACAGUGCCUUCAUCCAUGAGGCCAGUGACCCAUCUCACCAAGUGCAACUGGUGGAAUCGUCGCUGCAAAGCCCGGCUGGUCUUGCUCUGGAUUGGCUUCAACACAACCUGUAUUGGACAGAUUCUGGUGACAAAUCAGUUUCCGUGGCUUCAGUAGAUGGCACCAAGCGACGUAUCCUCAUCAACACUGAUCUGAGUGAGCCCAAAGCCAUAGCACUGGAUCCCCAUCAUGGUUUCAUGUACUGGUCCGACUGGGGCACGAGAGCCAAGAUAGAGAAGGCCGGGAUGAAUGGAGUGGACCGGCAGGUGCUAGUGGCUGAUAACAUUGAAUGGCCCAACGGCAUCACUUUAGAUGUGGCUAACCGUCGUCUAUACUGGGUGGAUUCCAAGCUGCACCACAUUGCCAGUGUGGACCUGAACGGAGCGCACCGCAGAACACACAUAGCAUCCGCAGAGAGGCUAGGACAUCCCUACGCUCUGGCUGUGUUUGAGGAUCGUAUUUAUUGGACAGAUCGAGACAAAGCAUCGGUCUUCAUGGCUAACAGGCUGACGGGUCAAGACAUUCACACUCUUGCUGAAAACCUCAACGACCCACAUGACAUUGUUGUCUUCCACCAACUGCGACAGCCUCAAGGUCCAGACAGCUGUAAUCUGGGCAGUGUGGCCAACGGAGGCUGUGAGUACUUGUGUCUUAAGGCACCCCAGAUUACUGAGCACUCUCCUAAAUACACCUGCGCCUGCCCCGAUGGACAGGACCUUGGCCCCGAUAUGAGGGCUUGUGUGCCAGCACCGAGAAAUGACAUGCCACCCUCAUCCACACUGGCACUCACGCCUUCUACUCUAACAUCUGAAGGCUUUACGCCACCCUUGGAGGGCGUCUCGCAGUAUGAUGCCACCCUGCAAUUGACUACGUCACCCCUCGCUGCCCUCGAGCCGCGCACGCCUCUCGGCACAAUCAAGACUGUAUCAUCGCAGGAGUCAAAAGCGCUCGGAUCGCACUCAACAGCCACCGUCACCGUCGAGUCCACCACACCUGCAGGGGACAGCAGCGUGUCACAACACUCUGGAAGUGAACAUUUCCUCCUCGGAGAGAAUCUGACAGUAGCUGUUUUAGGAGUGGUCAUCCCUAUUGUUCCUGUCAUUGCCACAGUGGUGUUCGGCCUGGUGUGCGCCGGGGUCUACCUGGUGUGGCGGAACUGGAGGCACAACUCCACCAAGAGCAUGAAUUUCGACAAUCCCGUCUACCGCAAGACCACCGGCGAGGGCGAGGAGGACGAGAUCCACAUCGGUCGGACUGACGGCAUGGGGCACCACACCCAUCACACACACCACGUGCAUCACCAUCCGUACCAGCAGGGCGUCAGCAUGGGAGUGGUGAGCUCAGGAGCUGGCGCCUGCCCACAGUUUAUCACCCUACCGCUUGGGGGGACGGUGGCCGAUCCGGGGACUCAUUGGUACACGGAACAACCCAUGCUAGCCACUGCGUGA